AACAAACACAAGCAAAUUUUAUUUUAACAUCAUCAUUCUGUAUUAUUGCUACGUUUUAAUAAAACGAAGCUUGUAUUCAACAGAAGACUGUGAAGGCUUGCAUAUUUUUGAGUCUGGGAUUCAUCAAGUCUUAUUUCGAUCAAAUGCAACCUUACUUUUUCAAUGACCCAAAGGAUGCAUUUCGGUUUUUAUGUUAAAUAUGAUUUCUAAUCUUUGGAUAAGCUUCGCUUUUGUGAAUGAAUUUCAGUAGCUUCACAAAAGGCCAAUGCACUCCACUGGGUCAGACCCUCGUUCAGUUCAAGUACCUUCAGCAACUCUAUUAAUUCAAUGCGGGCAGCUAACUUCACACUGUUCUGUCAAAUGUAAAUAUAACCUAUCUACAUUCAAAUUAAAAAUUUAAGUUAUGAAAUUAUCCUAUUCUAGUUAUUAUUAGUUCCAUGAAAAGGUUUUUCUUCAUACAACUUACUUUCCCCAAUUUUACUUAUAUCAGAUUCAGAAUUCAAACUUAGCAGUUUGAUUUGCAAUUCAGUUCCAUUCAGUUUUUAAAAUAACCAGAAUAAUUUUUGAAAGCAAAUGGAUACUGAUUAUAAUGUUAUCCUAUCAAGUGCCAGAAAUUUUAAACGACUUGGAGAUUUCACUCAUGCUGUUGAAAAUUACUUUUUAUACUUUGAAAAUGUUCCUGAAACAAUAUGGGAUGAAUGUACCGUGAAAGAAUUUAUUGAUUUAGUUAGUGAUAUGGAUAUUUUCCUUAGAGUGGAUUCAGUAAAAACUGAAAUAUGGCGUAUAUUAGAGAAAUCCUUCAAGUUAUUUCCAAGUAAUUGGAGGAUGGCAAAUGCUUUGGCCAAUGUGUUUAUGAAGUAGGGAAAUCGAGCAUGAAUUAUUUCCCAUUCUUACAUUCCAGGCAUUUCGACUUGCAAAAGAUAAAAAUCAAUCUUGUUUAACAGUGGAAGAUAAGUUAUUGACAGUUAUGUGGGAUAAAGUUCCGAGGUGGCAUUUCAGAAUGUUAAACGGAAAAUUACGAAAUACUGCAUACAAAAAAGUUAUAUACAAAUCCCUAGAAGAUGGUUUCAAAAAUGCGAUAGAUAUUGGUGCAGGAUGUGGUCUGCUGAGUUUAUAUUUAGGAACUCACAAUUCUAAUCCAAAGAUAACAUUAUUUGAAGCAAAUAAAACACUAUAUGACCAAGCCAUUUUGAAUAUGAACAAAUAUUGUCCCAAUGUAUCUUUAACUAGUAUUCAAAUUAAUUCAAAUGAUAUUGCUUUCACUGAAUACAGAUCUAAUUUAUUAGUAACUGAAAUAUUUGAUGUAGCAGUUUUCGGAGAAGGUAUUUUAAGAACUUUGUGUCAUGCUCUGGAUACCUUCAUGAUCAAGAGUAACUACCGAAUCAUUCCUGCAAAAGUCAAAAUUUUUGUAACAGGAAUUGGAUGUGAUAAAUUAAGUAAACAAUUCAGGCUUCAGAAUGAUAUGGAUAUAUUACAUAUGGACGAGACUUUUUAUGUUACGAAAGAUUUUAUCAGUGAACCCUAUGAUGCUAAAUGCAUAUUGAAAGAGAAUUAUGAGAUUUUAACUGACACUGUUGAAGUGAUGGAACUUAACUUUCACGAUAAAGAUUUCUUGCACUUGAUUUUAAAUAAUUUGUGGAAGACAAAGAUACAUUUGACUGGUUUGAAGUGCGCAUUGAUAGAUUGUUUGGUUGUGUGGUUUGAUCUUCAUCUCGAUGAAGAAACAAUUGUUUCAACCAAUCCCUUCCACAGUCAGAAUGAACCUUGUUGGGAGCAAGCAAUAUUCCAUUCUACAAUUCCUUUGCGAAUAGAUAAAAAUGUACUUUUGCCUUUAGAAGUAAAAAUUGUGAACGAACAUUUAGAUUUUGGAUUAAAUGUUAUACCAAACUUUAACGCUCACUUUAUUUUGGAUGAAUAUUCCAUUCUAAUUUUGAAUGAUGAAAAAUGGACUAGCUAUGUAGAAUCUCUAUCUGAAAUAAUACCUAGUAAGCGUUCAACAAUAUUCGAUUUCAGUUCUUUCCCAUUGAUGGGCUUACUGCUAGCGAAAAAAGGACAUACAGUUUUUCAUGUUUUUAGAUACGAGGAGAAUCUGAAAUUUAUCGAAUACCUGAUUAAAACAAAAGAUAUUGAACCUACAUUAUUCAAGUUUGUACAACACAAAGAUUAUCCAUUUUGUGUUUUGGGUCAAAGCGAGAUAGAUUAUGUGUUUUAUGAGCCUUGUUGCGCCAAUGGGUCAUUAAAUCCUUCACCUUUGGAUAAUAUUAUCUUGGAGAAGUUUGAAGCCAAAAGUUUUUUUACUGGAAUCAUUGUCCACUUCAAAUUGAUACAUUCUCCUUAUAUAGAUUACUGCAAUAGGGUCUCGGCAGAAAAUGUAGAACCUUUUGAAGAUUUAGCCUCUAAAAUGAAUGAUUUUACGGGUACUGAGCAUGUUGAUCUAUCUCAUAGUUUUCCCCAUGAAAGCAUGACAAAUGAACAAAAGUGGGACAUGACGCAGGAUUCUACCAAAAUAGUCCCCAUACAAAUUCUGAAAGAUGGAAAGAUAAAUGGAAUAUUGACCUGGUACACUUUGAUGGGAAUUGGAGGAGUUCAAUUCACUACAAACGAAAGCUCCUGCUUCAAAUUGAAGGCCUUUCUGUUACCUGAGAGAAAUGUUGAAAGUAACGAAUUCCUCAAUAUAUACUGUCAGAGUGAAAAAGGAGUUUUUUUGAAAAUUGAAAUCUGUGAAGAAAAAUGGCUUAAAACAAAUUUUCAAUCAUACGAUAAAUAUAGCAGUCCCAUUCUGUCAUUCUAUAACAAAUUUUGGAGAUCUUAUGAUCAAGAAUUAGAAAUGCUGUCCAAUUCUAUAUCAUUAUAUGAAUAGUUUUUAUCAUGUUAUAAAUAAAAAAUACUACAUGUUGUUUUGUUA